AUGAUAAAUUGAUGAAUCAUUGAAAAGAUGUUUUUAUUUUGUUAAUUUUAUAUAAAAACUUUUAGGUAUUGAAAGUCGAUAUUAAUCGAGAUGCUACCAAUAAUAAUGAAUAGAUGAGCGUGGUGGUAAUGGUCAAGGAAAGGUAAAGAAGUAUUUAUGCAUUGUGAAUGCCAUAGAUGAGUGAACGCUAAGUGAAAAUGCAGUCGAAAUAGUCAUUUUGUGUUGGUCUAUAUUACGUUUAUUUCAAAUAUAUUUCCAAAUGUCUGCCAUGUUAAAAGUAAAAAUUGUUCUCUAAAACUUGGCUAAUCUGAAAAUAGAUAAAUUUGACGUAUAUAUUUCCAAAUAAAUAAUUUUCAGAAUUGUUAGAUUUACCGAAAUGAUAAAAAUGAAGAUGUAAGAUUUUAGUUAAAUAUUUAAAAUGGAAUCACGAGAAAUAUCAGAAUUACAGCAAUUAGUUUCAAGUGAUGCCGAAAAUGAAGAUAGUAUCGUUCAAGAUGAAUCUGAAGGGAAAAUUGUAUCACCUGUUAAAAGCAGUAAAGUGAUUUCAUCGUCGGGUAAUACAAGUCGAAGUUCUGUCGUACACAGUGCUAGGAAAGGUGGAAAUACAAUACCUGGCUCAAAAAUAACAUUUGUUAAUGAAAGAAAAAUUCGGGAUUGUAGUAAAACAACUACCGUAAGGGCAAGAAAUCCACAUAAAGUGCCUGAUGUUCGGCAUAUGGAAAGAGCUUUAUUGGGACUGCUAGCAGAUUUUCACUCAGGAAAAUUACGUGCAUUUGGUAGUGGUUGUACAAUGGAACAAAUGACAAAUAUAAGAGAACAACAGGAAAAGUUGGCUAAGCUACACUUUGAUUUAGCUUCUGCAACUGUGCCAAGUCUAAAUGAAGAAGACAUUCAAAAAUCACAGAGUACAAUGAGUCAGCUGAUACAGCGUUUAGAACAGUUAAGUGAUUCAAUUGAGGCAUUACACAACACUUCUAGUAAAUAAUUAUUGUAUAGUUCCUUUUUACUGUUGUUAAUUCUUGCCAUGGUUCUACUUAUAUUUCAUAAUUUACUUAGAAUAGGUUAGAAAGUGGUUCUUUUCCUCAACACAUUAAGUUCAUUUUGCAGUUAUCAGUUGAAAAAUAUCAAUAAAAUGAAAACCUAGAAUUAUAUAGAAGCA